UUGAAAUGAAGUACAGACACAUUUUCAAUAUUCUAAAAGGCCAGUCACUUGUUCAUAAGGUCGAAAUGAUGUAAUCAUGGCUAGUCAUUUGGUUGUUAUGCUGUAAAGUGUUGCUCAAACACAGCUUACUGAAACAGAAAAGGGCUUUAAAAAUUUCCAUGGUAUUUUGAAAAACAUGGCAUAUUCAGUUUGAAUUCAUUGUUAAUUUGUGUACAGAUAAUGGAGGUCUUCUGGUGAGUUUAAACGUCGAGAGAAACAGUUUAACACUAAGGAAGCUAACUGCCACUUAAUAAUUAGAAAACGAGCAAGACACCCUGAUGCGGUUACAAGGGGAACAUGACGGCACGCUGGUCGACAUGAUUCGUCUAAGAAAUCUUAAAGAAAUUCACAGGAAGUAGAUAAACUAGGCCAUUAUACCCACCAAUGAACAACUGAUAAACCAUCAAAAUAAUUGCCCUGCUAUAGCCAGAAAAGUUCUCAAAAGACUACCAUAAAAACAGACAAAAAAAGGCUGGACGAGAGUUUGUCUUCAAUUUUAAUUCUUUAAGUCGUAAGGUGUUUCACAGAAAAUUACAAGUUUAACAAGCGAAGUAAAAUUGAAAMUACUUAAACGCAGGUGCACCAAACUAAAUUGAGAGUUGUCUAAAUGGGUUAAUUGUUGACUUCUAUUGGAGAAUCAUUACAAAUGGAAAUGUUGUCGGGUAAAUGAUCUAGCAAGGUGCUUCUGGAAGUGAGAUUAGCAGUACCGCAUUAUACAAGGAUCAUCAAAAGUUCUUCGAGGUUUGCAACUUUUUAACAAUUUAAAACCACAAAGAUCUGCAAGUUAUAGCCAGGUACAGAUUACAAAGUGCAGCAAGAAACGAGUUUCUACGCAACAGCCUUCUUUAUAUUUCCAUACAACAAUCGUUGUUGGCCUCURCGUUGGUCCGUUACAAGUAAAAAGACAAUUGAACUUGCUUCCAAAGCUGUGCUUACACCAUGCAUAUGAAUGUUGGUGCUUCGAUUGUCCCAUACAAUAACCCUGAUGACCGUAGAUCAAGUUGGGUCGAGCAAUUGGAUAUCUCAGGAGUCCAUCUUUCUUCUUAUCACGACUUUGAACAAAGGCGAGCAAGUAGGGCGCCUUUGUAUUUGCGAGAUUGUUCCGAUAUACCACUAGGUCGACGCGAACGGUCUACAGCAACAACUCCUGAACUUUCUGAACGAACGCGAAUUCGCAUAAAUGUGCGAGGAAAAAAAUACGAAACGUUCAAGUCUACUUUAGAUAGAUAUCCAGAAACACUACUAGGCUCAGACGGUGGCAGAGAUCGAUUCUACGAUGACAUUAAUAAAGAACUGUGUUUUAACAGAGAUCCCAAUUCAUUCGAUGCAAUACUUUUUUUCUAUCAAUCUGGAGGUAUUCUAGCGAGACCUUCCUCMGUCGAGGAAGAGCUCUUUGACGAGGAAGUAAAGUUCUUUCAUUUGUUUAAUGAAAGCAGCGUGGAAGUAAGUGAGAGUUUAGGUUCUAUUCCUGACGAACUUAUCCCGUUUUUCCCACAUGGAGAUACUAGAAGGGAAGUUCUUUGGAAUAUCCUUGAAAGACCUCCGGAGUCGCGCUUCGGGCGGCUUUUCGCGCGGAUUUCAUGGGUGAUUAUCCUGUUAUCUGUCAUUGCUUUCUGCCUGGAAACAGUUCAGCCUUUGAAAACCUUGUCUGUAGUCAUGACUACGUCAGCUCCUCGUAAAAACUACACUCGUGUUGGUAUUAAUGGGACAAGCAUCCCCCGGACCACCACGUCACGUGAUGCGUCAACUAAUCCAGUCAGCUUUUGGUUUUUCGUUGAUACAAUGUUUGUAAUAUUUUUUACUUUGGAAUAUUCUGCAAGAGUUUAUUCAGCACCCAAUCGACUCAAAUUCAUUCGUUCAUUUUUAUCAGUUGUUGACUUUUGUGCCAUAGCACCCUAUUACAUCCUCCACAUUGCCAACGAAGGACAAUUCAACAGCAUCAAAUCAUUCAACGUCAUUCGGUCAAUACGCCUAUUCCGUGUUAUAAGACUGCUGAAGUUAUCUCGCUACAGUAGCGGGCUCAAGCUCCUUGGACGUGCAUUGUUUAGGAGUAGAGGAAAGAUGUUGUCCCURUGUUGUUGCAUUGCAAUGGCGGUUGUGUUCUACUCAGGGCUGCUAUAUUAUAUUGAAGGUUAUCAAGAUGAUAACGUAUUUUCCAGUAUUCCCAAUGCAUUCUGGUUCUGUAUCGUUACCAUGUCUACYGUAGGCUAUGGUGAYGUAGUGCCAAGAACACCACCAGGGAAACUAGUUGGUUCCUGCUGUGCUUUGACUGGAAUCAUUUUACUGUACAUUUUACCGAUUCCAUCAUUUGUAACUGACUUYAGUGAACUGUACAAUAAAUGGCGACGAGCUAAAGGGAGAACUAAAGCUGAAAAAGCCGGCGCAAAAAAACACUCGAGAAUGAACUUGUCCUUAUGGUGAAAAAUAUAUUUUACAACAAAAAUWAGAGAAAAUGAGAUACACAAAAURAAAUAAAUGGAGCGACUUUAAAAUUCCCCGUCACUCUGAAAGCAUUAAAAUUAUGUUGGUCCGCGGUCAUCGCAAAGAUCCAUGGCCAAUGAAAUCUCCUUUUUAAAGAACGAAAAAAUUCCUACUAACCACUGCCACCGCGGUCUGCGGUGAGAUAUAUAGUGCUCGCUAUGAUGGCUGGGUAAAUUAUCCCCUUAGACUUAUGAAGACCGAGAAAUGGGUUUUCUAUGGUACAUGUUUGGACCAGAAAUCAUUGCAGGCACUACGUAAUCGUACCGCGGUGGCAGUGAAUUUCGAUAAUUAUAAAGUGAUAGGGUAUUCUAAAGCUUAGCCAACAGAAAGAGUAAAAAAAUAUACAAAAAGAGAUAAUAUAAAAAAAGCACAUAGUCGUCGACGCAGACAGACACUGAGCUACAGACAGGCAGCUCCACGUCAGACAACAAAGAACAAAUAACUGUGGACCCCAAAUAACAGAAUUAAAAGCGAGUUUUUGACAAUUUAGCGAUAUUAAUAGUGGUACGCCGUUCGUUUUCAGCGUGGUUUGUUUUUCUACGCAUCUUAAAAAAACAACUUUGAAAACAGAUAACUUCAAUUUCGCAAAGCCACUGACUGGYAUAAUAAAAUAAAUAAAUUACUUUA